AUGGGUAUAUCUGAUAAAGAGGGUGAGCAGAAUGGUGAGCGUUUAAAGGAACCAAGUAAAAAUUUUAAUGAUGAUGCUUUUGAAAAACGAGAGCAUCAGUUUAUGCCUUCUGCCUAUGAUAUAAUGCAGAACCUCAAAGAAAAGUUUAGGGAUCAAAAUUGUGCUGCUAGGCAAACUGCUAUGAAGGAACUUAUGAAUACUACUAUAGCACAAGGGACCCCAAUAAGGCAUCAUGUUCUGAAGAUGAUUAGUCUUCUCAAUGAACCAGAGAUUCUUAGAGCUGAAAUCGAUGGGAUCCCUGAUGAACUGGAUACUGAACUCGGCAACUACUGUGAAGCACUUCAAGAUAAAGAAGUAGAAUUCUGGCAGAAGGCUAUGAAAUCAGAGAUGGAGUCCAUAUACACUAAUCAAGUCUGGGAUCUUGUAGAGCCACCCAAAGGGAUAAAACCCAUUGGAUGCAAGUGGAUCUCUAAGAAGAAGAGAGGAGCAAACAAGAGGAUGGAAAACUUCAAGGCUAGGCUUUUUACGAAAAGGUUUACUUAG